AUGAAGCUGAAUCCACCAAUCGGCUUCAUCCAUCAUCAUGGCACUUUUCCGAAGUUUCUUGAACAACAUUUAAAGCCGGACGAUGAAACAGGUGCAUCGGUGCUUUGCCCACCUGAAUGGUUCAAACCGAUCUCGGAAACUCUAAGACCUUGUCGGAAUUUUUUCAAAGUUGGACAUAAAGUGGAAGCAAUCGACCAGAGGAGUUUCAACGGCAAAACGUGUCCAGCGACGAUCGUCGAAGUCACGAAGGUAAACUUUUGGGAUUUGAAUUGGAUUUUACGUACACUCCCUUCGUGUCGAACACAAUGA